UCCAAAUUCGUCACAUAUCACGGUCAGCGUUCAUGAUAUCCUUGUAAGACGUGGAAAAUGAAGAUCAACUAGCUGCGUCGCCCCCACCGUAUUUCGACAAAUCAUUUAAUGCAAUAAAGCUGCACUCGUUUUGACUGCAACUUGAGAAGACGAUAUCCCUUCGUCCCUGCAAUCCCAUUCUCCCAUCCAACCAAGUCCCCAAUUAACUCUCCAUUCUGUCCUCUUCCGACUAUGCCUACACUCAACCCCAGCACAGCAUCCGCCCUUCACAACUACAUCGACAAUGCGACAACAGGCCCCAACCCUACCCUCCCCGGCGUCAUCGUCCAGGUCCUCGACGCCCGCGGAACAGAGCUUUUCAAACAUAUUUCUCACGACCAUACACUAAAGACGAUGGUCUCCGUUCAUUCUUGCAGCAAGCUCAUCGGCGCAGUCACCUUCAUGCAGCUCGUCGACGCCGGGCUCGCGACGCUCGACAAUCCCGAGAUAAUCGAUAAAUAUCUCCCGGAGCUCGCUAACAAGAAAGUCCUCGUUGGCCCAAAAGAUACUGGGGACGGAACGAAAGAGUACGUCUUCGAAGAGAGGAAGGGCGAUAUCACAGCGCGGAUGCUCCUGGACCACACCAACGGCACCGGAAACACGUUCUUCAACACUGAGCUCCGAGACUUCCUAGGCGACUCAGUAGCCACCGAAAACGAGGGCACCGCAUAUUGGGACACCCUUCUCAAGAGUCCGCUUCUGUGGCAGCCCGGCACGAAAACAAACUACGGUCAGGGACUCGACUGGCUUUCCGUCCUCGUCGAGCGGCUGACCAACAAGUCCUUCGAGGACAAUCUGCGCGAGAAUCUCUUCAACCCGUUGGGCAUCAGACACGGAGGGUUUCGAGGCGAGAUGGGAGGGAGUGUCGUAUCCAGUACCCCAGGCGUGGACUUCUGGCCUGUGGGGCUGAGGCUGCCGGAUGGGGGGUUCGUGAGCAUCCCCGGGUUCGCGGAAAAGAAAGCUGAGCGGGAGGACGCGUGGCCGAAGGGCGGACACCAUAUGCAGAGUGUGGGGACGGGACUGGUGCUCAGCGUCGCGGAUUUGGGGAGGAUUUAUAGCAUUUUGUUGCCGCAGAAUGCGGGCGUGGACCCUAUUACCGGCACACGCAUCUUAUCCGCUGCGAGCGCGGCGGAAUUUGCGAAGGUAGCUCACCCGGUUGAGAUCAGGAAUGACUCUCGCAACAUCCCCACCGCGAACCCGGUCUUUCUUCCGUACGAACUGCAAGCUCCCAAUGUAGAUCCCGCAGGAUGUUUCGGUCUCGGAAGCGCGAUACAGGGAGAGAACAGGGUACUGUCGGACGGAAGGAGAGGGCGGAGCAAGGGGAGCGUGUACUGGGUGGGGGCGGCGAAUCUGGCGUUCUGGAUUGAUGGUGAAAAGGGGAUUGUUGUUGUUGCGGCGGGAAACUUCUUUCCAUUUAUGGAUGGAAAGUGGGUGGAAUUUGUGGAAAGAUUGGAAGGCGCGGUUUAUGAAGGGCUGCAGGGAUGAUGGAGUAGUAGAGCCAUGCAGCUGAAGAAGGGCUGCUAAGGUAGUCGUAGGAACUCAGGGAAAACUGGCGAACUCAACACGAAAAGCGC